GAUCAACCAAUCUAAAGGAUUAUAUAUCAGGAGGUGCGCUGUAUAUAGGACAAAGCGACCUUUACGUUCACAAUAGAGUGUAGAUGAUGACGGAGGAGACAAAAACACGGUUCCCAGGAGAGGUGGACGAGGUUCACCCCGCCCCCUUUCUAACCAUUCCACCACAGCCUACAGAGAAGAAGCCCGGUCAGCUGACUGAGGCACAGGUCAAACAGUUUUUCGAGGAGGGGUAUGUGGUUGUCAAUAAGUUCUUUGACACGAAGACGGAACUGGAUCCGUGUCGAGAUGCUAUAUCUGUUAUGGUAAAUGAGCUGGCCGACAAGCUAUAUGAUGCAGGCAAAAUCAAAGAUAAAUAUGAAGAAUACGGCCUGUUCCAGAGACUGACACAACUAGAGAAGGAACAUCCGGGAUCAAACAUUCUCUUAUUCAAAUCACAGAAAAUGCCAAAAGCCUUCUGUGAUGUUUGGAGCAAUGAAAGGAUGCUUAACGUUGUGGAACAGUUACUUGGACCAGACAUUGCCGGACACCCUGUGUGGAACUUGCGGACAAAGACACCGAAGAGUGACGCAGUCAGCAUUCCUUGGCAUCAAGAUAGUGCCUAUUUCAGUAACGAGUCAUACGACCAUAUGAUAGUUACCGCAUGGGUGCCUUUCUUGGAUGCCAUACCUGAAAAUGGAUGCAUGCAGGUGGUGAAAAAUGGACACAGAAAGGGAAAGGUUGCAAGCCAUACGUGCUGCCGUGGUCCUACAUGGUAUGUGAUGCUGGAGGAGGAGGAGAUGGAGAAAUCAUUGGAUAUUGACAUGAAGAGAGACCUGGAAACGUGCCCUGUAGAAUACGGAGGUUUCCUGCUGUUCCACAACCUUACCCCCCACAGAAGUUUAGAGAAUAUGUCGACUGACAUCCGUUGGAGUUGUGACUUCCGAUGGCAGUCUCCGCACGAACACUGGGGAUUUUACGGACUAGGAGAGGGAGUUCCAAUGCGGUCUGCCGAAAAUCCAAACAUGAAGGCAGACUUUAAGAAGUUUUUCUCGUUUGACAGAAAAGAACAAUGGCAGAAACGUUACUACAGACAGGACGAUGUCAAUGAUCCCUUUGAUACCACAAUCACUGGUCCGUGGAUUGGACGUUGGGAAAUAGUCAACCACAACAAACACACGGAGGCCUUUAAACCCUUCAUGUGAACUGUUCCAAAAAAACUGUGAUCUACUCGGAAGAUUUACUCAGAAAUCAAAAUAAUUUCAUUAUUAUUUUUAUUAUCACAUCGAUAAAGUCGAGCAGACAAUGAAAUGACCAAACUAAAUCAUGAGUGUAUAUAAUUAGAACAUUGAUCUAACACAUUUUAUCAAGCCUGCCACCAGUGGUAUUGAACUCGUCAAAAUCCAUACCAACAAUUCAAUUCAUUUGAAUUCAAAUUCUCAAGACUGCGAUCCGAUAUUGUAAAACUGAAAUUGAAACGCAUUGUUCUAUUGCGCGAGCGAACCACUGCUAUAUCAUUGCAUAAACAUUUCCUGAAUGUUUUAAUUGUUACGUUUUA